AUGAUACAUCAGCAAUGGAUGGCCGUUCAAUGUUGCUUAAUCAUAUUCCCGGCUGCUUGUCUUACCAUUCGAGAUCCUGGCAAUUGUACGCUACCAAACAGUUUUUUCGUUAAAUGUUGCCCAGGUUAUUUUCAAAAUGAAAAUAAAUGUAAAGAGUGUGAACCAGGCUACUUUGGUGAGAACUGCUCAAUGACAUGUCCUCCUGAUUACUAUGGUCGUCAGUGUAGAGAACAUUGUGACUGCUCCACGGACAUGUAUUGUGAACCGACUAGAGGAUGCUUGUGUAACACAACCAGGGUUAACUGUACAGAUCCAGAGCAUGAAUUAACACAGGAAAUGACAAUAUAUUCAACAUCUAUGCAAUCUGUUAAACCUGCUGCUGACAGUAUAAAAUCUCGUCUGGUCGUCACUUUAUUGAUACCUGUCAUCGCCUGUCUGGUUUUCGCCACAGUCUGUAUCGGAAUAUGGUAUUCUCAAAUGAUGAAGAGAAAUAAAGAUCUAUUUUCCAUCCAAAAUGUGGCCGACUUUACGGUCAGAAACCAUCGUUCAGAAACGGAAGAGCAAAAUCCAAACGACGAUAUUUACGACCAUGUAAACCUUAGAGUGGAUCAAUCCAGCCACUCUAUCUAUAACACAGACGAUACGGUAGAUGCAGGGGACUCGAGUCUCGGAUUGACUAGUGCUGUCCUUUUACAGCAUUACCAAAGUGUAAAAGGAAUUCAGAACAAAUGGCGUCUACACGACGAGCAGUUUGGUGAAAGUAUUGUGGACGAACCUGACGUAGAAACUGUUGGCAACAAGACAACGGAUAGAGAAGCAGAUAUAUAUUCAACACCAUGCAAAUUCAUGACAAAGAAACCAAUACAUCGCUAUUCAGAACAAAGACAACAAGGAAAAAGCAAUGAAACUGUGACAUUCGAAUACCCAAACUCGAUUAUUGAUACAAUUGUUCACGAUCCAGAAUCACGAACAAGACAGUUUGGUGAAAGUACUGUGGACGAACCUGAAGUUGAAAUUGUUUACAACAAGACAAUAGAUCGACAGACAGAUAUAUAUUCCACACCAUGCAAACGCAAAUGCAUGGCAAAUGCAAAAGGACAGCUGCCGGUGUAAUUACAGAAAACAAUGACAAGGGUAAGCUUGUUUGUCAAAACCUGGUCCCUUAAAGGUUAGAACAACUGUGCUGCAAUAAGGUUUUUCUGUAUAUCAAUACUCUUAAAACUGGGAAGAAUUGUAGCUGAUUAGAUAUAUUUUAAUUUAUAUAUUAGAUAAGUUUUA